UGACUGAUUUACUUCUAAACACUUUUCUUCUGCGACCUCAUUCCAAUUUUCUCAUCAUUCAUCAAUCUUGGUGAGUCCAAUUUUUGUCUUUUUUUAUCUAAUUCUCACCACCGUUCUCUCUCUAAUUUCGCCUCCGAUUUCACGGAAGCAGAAUUGGCGCCUGAUUGCUCAAUCGAUUUUUGAGAAGCUGAAUCAGGCCCUUUAUUUCUCUAGUAACAUCAAAGUAAUCCCUGUGUCUCAGCAAUGGCGGCACCAUUUUUCUCAACACCUUUUCAGCCCUAUGUUUAUCAGAGUCCGCAAGAUGCAAUCACACCUUUUCAGAUUUUAGGGGGUGAAGCUCAGGUGGUCCAGAUAAUGUUGAAGCCCCAAGAAAAAAUUAUUGCAAAGCCUGGUUCCAUGUGCUUUAUGUCAGGCUCCAUUGAAAUGGAAAAUUCCUAUCUUCCAGAAAAUGAAGUAGGCAUAUGGCAGUGGCUAUUUGGCAAAAACAUAAGUAGCAUCGUUCUUCGAAAUUCUGGACAAAGUGAUGGAUUUAUUGGAAUUGCUGCACCUUAUUUUGCAAGAAUUCUUCCGAUUGAUUUAGCAAGCUUUAACGGGGAGAUUUUGUGUCAGCCAGAUGCAUUUCUUUGCUCUGUCAAUGAUGUGAAAGUCAACAACACAAUUGAUCAGAGGGGACGAAAUAUUAUUGCUGGUGCUGAGGGAUUUUUGAGGCAGAAGAUAUCAGGUCAAGGGCUUGCAUUCAUACUUGCUGGUGGAUCUGUUGUACAGAAAAAUCUUGAGAGCGGCGAAGUUCUAGCAGUUGAUGUUUCAUGCAUUGUUGCUGUGACAAGUACGGUCAAUGUCCAAAUAAAAUAUAAUGGUCCUCCAAGAAGGACAAUGUUUGGAGGUGAUAAUGCCGUGAUAGCUCUUCUCACAGGACCAGGCAUUGUGUUCAUACAAAGCUUACCGUUUCAUAGACUUUCUCAGCGAAUCGCUAGAUCGGUGACAUCUCCAAACAUGAGGGAAAAUCCCAAGUUUUUAAUACAGAUUGCCAUUUUCUUUUUCCUGGCCUAUGUUGUCAUUGUAUCUUCAUCAAUAUUGACAGAUGUAUGAAACUUAGUAAAGGUUUUUCUUUUUUCUUUUGUGGUAUUCCAACUUUUAUACCAUUUUAUGAUCAUAGAUCCUAGGAAGGUGAGAAGAAGAAAUUGGAAUGCCUUGGAUUUGGUUAACAACAGUGCUUGAUGGUCGGAUUUUGACAAAGAAAAGCAUCCAAAUUAUAGCAUUGAUAUCUAUCACAAAGAUGUUCAUUUUAUCAGAA